CGCUGUUUUCCGCAGUCAGUCAUCUCUUAUUCCCACGCGAUGAGCGAUACGUCACUCACCGGCCAGCAGCACUUGGUGCUCGGCAUUGAUAUCGGAACGACGACGGUCAAAGUAUGUCUUGUGUCGGCCAAGACGAAAAGUGUCGUCCAGGCCGCUUCAAGGGAGACUAAAUCUUCAAUGGUUAGCGACUUGGGCCCAUUAGGCAGCGAACAAGAUGUCCACAAGAUCUGCACUGCCUUGCAGUUCUGUUUAUCCAGGUUGCCGAAGGAGUCUCUGGUACGAGUGACCCACGUGGCCAUCUCAGGGCAAAUGCAUGGAUGUGUCCUUUGGAAAUCUGACAAUGGCUGGAAAAGGAACAAUUUUGGAAGGUAUGAGACUGAAGAAGUGAGUGUUCUGUAUACGUGGCAAGACGGACGCUGUAGUUCUGAAUUCCUGGAGUCUUUACCCAAGCCAGAUUCACAUCUACGACUGAGCACAGGACAUGGUUGUGCCACUCUCUUUUGGCUGUCAAGAAAUAAACCUGAUUUGAUCGCACAAUAUGAUACCGCUGGAACGGUGCAGGACUUGGUUGUGGCCAUGAUCUGUGGUUUAGAGCGCCCUGUUAUGUCUGCCCAAAACGCUGCUGGAUGGGGCUAUUUCGAUACUGAGACUCGAACCUGGAACAUCGAAAAGCUAAAAGAAGCCGGAUUCCCUGUCCACCUUUUGCCAGAUGUUACCAUCGCAGGGAAUAUCGUCGGUCGGAUGCCAUGUGCCUGGUAUGGUAUACCAGAAGGAACGCCCGUAUUCGCUGCCUUAGGAGAUAUGCAAUGCUCUGUUUUCUCAAGCAUGGAAACUGAAUCUGAUGCUGUGAUGAAUCUCAGCACCUCAGCUCAACUCUCGUAUUUAUUGCCAGAAGAUUUUAAACCGCCUCCUUCCGUUUCGACCGCACCCGUGGAAUACUUUCCUUACUUCAAGGGGCGAUAUCUGGCUGUGGCCGCCUCUUUGAACGGCGGAAAUGUUCUGGCUGCUUUCGUUAAGAUGUUACAGCAGUGGUCUCAUGAACUGGGUCUCGGGGUUCCUGAAAGCAAGAUAUGGGAACGUAUCACAGCACUUGCCCAGGAUGAGUCUUCUGCGGAUUCAGAGAUGGAAAUUAUUCCAAUCUUAUACGGAGAAAGGUACUUGCCAGACGACCACAGAGCACUUGUUAGGAACAUUGACCCUCACUGUCUGGGUCUGGGAAAGGUUUCUCGUAGCCUCUUCCGCGGCUUGAUAUCUAAUUUACGUUCCAUGAUGCCCAGAGAAAUCUUGAUCGAGGCAGGCAUCAAUAGAAUCAUCGGUAGUGGCACUGCUCUAACUAAGAAUCCAGUUCUACAGAGAGAGUUGGAGACGCAAUAUGACUUGCCAGUCGUCUAUGGCACAGGAAGUGAUGCAGCCGUCGGAGUGGCUCUGGCUGUGUUACCAUACUUGUGAUGAAAUUGCAGAUCUUUAAAGGAUACCUUCUAGUCAGAGACAGUCCAAUUCUGGUCUGAAGGUGCUUGUGAUUGCGUUCUGAAAUUCGCAAGAAACAUCGAGAUUUUUAGAGCUGUUAAGUUUGCUGAGUUUACUUUUACAAGAUUUGCGCAAGUUCCUCCAGAUUUAACUAUCGUUAAUUUUUGGCAGCCAGAGACAUGACUUUAUUUACUUACCAGCAUUUCCUCAUAAUUACUCUCAUCCACUUCUAAGAUCUUCAGCUUAUAACAUGCCGACAAUCCACAGUAAAGUACCGAAUUUGGAAUCAUAUCAAAACACUGAAAAACCAGUUAUGUGCAUAACUUGGCCAGUUUAAUUCACAAACUGUUAUUACUUUUACACUUCUACAAAAGUUAUGUUUCUUGCUAUUUCCGAUUGUGUUGAAUAUAUCAUUUUUCAUAUAAAAUACUAAUACCUAAAUAAAGUUGCUUUUUUAUUCUCAGUGGUCAAUAUUUUCUAACGGACUCGCAGAUGUCUUUGAUGACUGCUGCUUAUCCCGAGUCUUUAAAUGAGAAGAUGCUUGUGAAUAAUCAUUGAAGGAUUAGGAAUUGCAUCUCUUAUUGGCCACAGAUCCAGUGGAUACAGUAAGACUUGGUUCAGCUACAUCUAAAUUUUCAUCGAAAUCUCUCCAGUUUACCCUUCUAUAAUUUCUAGAGAAGAUUUCCACUCUGACGGAUUUUAAAUGCAUUUCUUCUGCACAAACACUACAGUUACUAGCGUCCGUGUCUUAGCUACGAUUGUAUUAGGUUAUGUUAAGUUAACUAAUUAAGGCAAAGCAACUCGAGGGUUACCUGCCGAUUAGGAAAGAUGUCUUUCUUAGGGAAGUUUUUAAGAAAAUUACCUGAUUAGGCAUGAGCAUCAAAGGCUCAUUAGAUAGAAUACACAUGAAGAAAACCACAAAAAUCCUAAUGUAGCCGGCCUGUUUGCUAGAAUUUGAAGCCGCGUCAAACUAGAAGUGAUCAGGACUUUACCGCUCGGCUGGCUAAUAGGCCCACCUAGGACUGAAACCACUGAUUUGAUACGAGAGAAUGAUAAGCUGACCACUCAUUUGUCUUACGUGUAGAAGUGUACUGGCUAUUGAUCUUGUAAUAUUAAUUUUAAUUACAUACCAUUUUCAAUUUUC